UUGGGGUUUAACUUAGAAAUAGCAAACAUGGUUUGUCAGAGCAGACUUUCUUUGCUCUUUGUCACCUGCAUGGCUUCAACAGCCUUUGGUCAGGUUGUGACAUCUGUAACAGCAUCUAAGUGGGAUGAAUGGGUGAAAGAUUCCUUGCAACGCACAGUCCCCGAAAAGGAAUAUUUUUCUUUAGAGGGACAUUCAUGCUCACCUUAUUGUCCAUCAGGGUGGGUGACCUACGGCAGACGCUGCUUCAUGUAUGUUGCCCAGCACAUGAACUGGAUCUCUGCUGAGGUAAACCACUGUCUGGAUCUUGGUGCCAACUUGGUCUCGAUACACAGUGAAGAUGAAUAUCAGGUGGUCAAGGCCCUUAUCCGUGCUCACGACCCCAACGAGAAUCCAACAUGGAUCGGCUUAAAUAACUGUAUGAAGAAACAUAACUGGCUUUGGUCUGAUGGCACCAAAGUGACUUUCACGAAAUGGAAUCCAGAUGAACCCAAUUUUAAAAAUAGUGAGUGCUGUGUGCACAUUAACUUUUCUGUCUUUAUGAACUGGAAUGACAUCCCAUGUGUUGACAAAUAUCCCUUUGUGUGUGUCAAGAAGCUUAACUGACACUCACAGCUUCACCUUACCAAAAUGCAUUGAACUUUUUCUUCCUUGUUCUUAACAGGCACAAACACAUUUGUAAAAACAAAAUGUAAAAACGCACUGUAAUGUAAUGCACAUAAAGAAUGAACAAAACCUUUAUACAUGGAUGAAUUCUUUCUUAACUGUAUUAUUUGGUAUUGUUUUGAAAUGUGCUGUAGCUAUAUUACUUGCACAGUUGUUUGAAUCAGUUGUACUUCUAUACUGGUGACAGUUUAGGCAUAAUGUUAAUAAUACAUUAUGUGCAUGGUGUUAUGGGAAAAUAAACAACAGGGUGGAGUGAUGUGGCCCCAUGUGAAGUGGAGUUACUGUUGCUACUGUGAAAUUGAUUCAUUUCCUAUACCAGCACAUCCUGAAGUUUCAUUCCUCUUUCUCUUAUACAGCUAUUUGCCAAUGAUUAGAAUUUUCUAUUAAGUAAAAAGCAACAUUGUACAUUUUAUGCAUUUCUAGUUACAUUUAGUGGCAUGGAUUUUAACAGGAACUAACGUUUUGCAUGGAUGUUAUCACUUAGGUUAUAGCAACUGUAAACAUUCAUUCCCUCACCAGCCUCUUUUUUUUAAUGAAUAAGACAAAACCAACAAACAAAAAAAACCCGACUGUCAAGUUACCAAGAAACCGAAGUGCAAAGCUCUCUAUCCUGAAGACUUUCAUAUGGCGGAAAACUUCCUGUUACAAAGCACUGACA